AUGGCAGCGCCGCCACCUCCUCCUCCGCCACCAGAGGCAGAUGUGGAGGAGCUCUACGAGCGGCUGGCAUUCCAUGCGCCGGUUUGCGGUUCCUGUCUGGAGCCGUUGAUCAGCGGUUUUUUGCAGGAUCCCAGCUUUCGACGGGAUCUUCAGGCCUUCAUUGUAGCCCGAGCACCCGAGUUUCUGCUCGUGUGCGAAGAUGGAAGCCAUCCUCACGUCUGGAAGACCUGCCACGACGAAUAUCGUGCGAUCUUCGAGCGACAGAUGCAGAAGAUCCUUCACACGCUCGGGAUGACUGACCGGGAGCUCACCGAGUUGUGUCAAUGGCUACAGAAACAGAAUGGCCAUGGCUUUCAAUAUGAUGAUGGCCUGAAUGCCUUCUUGGAAGCUGUGACUGUUUGUGAAAUCUACGACAACUUCCUCGCAGUGAUGUUUGCUGAGGUUGGCCGUCAGGCGGGCGACGCCAUUGACGUGACCGUGCCAGAAACUUCGGGGCCUGGGCAACAGCUGAGGAUCUCUUACCUUGGCGUCGUGUAUGACCUCGUCGUCCCGGAAACCUGUGUUUCUGGUGAGACCUUUUCAGUUUCGGUGACGCGGCCUCCGAAUCUAGACUUGGUGUCACUCUUCAACGUGCCAGAUUCUUUCUAUGGCCUGGACUGA